CAGUCAUAAAUUGUACCUGCUGCGAAGAAACGCUGCUUCUGCGACUUUUAUGAAUAUGUGUACAGAUAUAUAUAUAUACCUGUAAUUAUAAUUUUUAUAUAUUGAAAGGAAACAUAUGCGUAAGCAUUAGUAAAUCGAUCGAAAAUAAAGUAGGAACCAACUCGAUUUUUAUUUUUGAAAUUUUGAUUGUACGGGCUCCUGUUUGAACUGUCGCGUGUUGAACAAAUUCGCAAACAUCCACGUACAGAAUGUGCCGAUUCCAACGAAAUAGAAUAUACGUGGCCUCAGUUAGCGCAGCAAUCAUGUCGCAAGUGGCAGUUCCGCGUGUGUUUCUCUAUUUAUUAGCCGCUUUCCUUGCCACUUUUUCCAAAGCAAGUUCAUACGUGCCGCCGGAUGAUUGUUUGAAAUUCGAUGUCGGUGAUAUUGAGGAUUACUUGUCGAAUCUCAAUUUCGAGAAUGUGCCGACGAUCAAUAUGAUGAUCGGCGGGUUCAAAUGCCCGGUCACAGCUUUGCCCUUCGGUGCUUUGAAAUCAGACUGGGCAAGGCUGUUGCUUCUGCAAAGAGCGCAACCGAAGGAAUCAAUUCUCUUAAAGAAACUGGAUCGUCUUAUGAGAAUUUUAGUGAUCGCUUAUUUCCGAAUGGAAGAACGUUUCGAUGUUAUGCAAUCUGGAUUUUGGAAUAUAAGCAGUCCAUCCGCGACGUCUGUACACGAAAGCACCACGAGCACUAAUUCGAAGGAGGAAACGAAGAAACUCGAUAACUCGAUCGCUAAUUCAAGAAAAAUAAAUAAAACCUCAGCGAAUUUUGCUAUGAGUACUUUUCUUAACAACGAUGAAUCCAGUAGCACGAUUGAAAUUGAACGAAUCGCACUUACUAGUUCGAAUGUGACGAGCGAAGACAAAACCGGCGAUUUUCAUACAAUGCAUAAUAUUCCUUUAAAGCAUCGCUCGAUAAGCGAGCAAAUCGACGAAAAAAGGACGGUAACCGCUUUCGUAAAUAUUACAAAUUUUUCAGAAAGAACCACCGACAAACGGAAAUACACAGAGAUAUCGACUUUGAGCGCGAAUGAAUCCGUUACGAUUAACACCGCGAAUAAUUUCACUGGAAAUAAAAAUGGCACGAAUAUUUUUACGAGAGACGAUUCUGACGCUGAUAAAAAUAUUAAUUUCUCAACAACAGAAUUUAGCAAAGAAACUAAACCAAUUAUAACUGGCUCGAACGCUGUUACUGCUCGUAUUUCGGAAACGAUGACUUCUUCUAGUUAUAGAGUUAUAGAGGGUAGUAACCCUACUAUAUUUAGCGUCACGCAGACUAAUGGUGUGAAAAAGCAUGGUACUCAGAACGAUUAUAAAGUCACCGUUUAUUCAGAUAAAAUUUCUACUAACCCGACCGAAAGAUUUAAUCAAAGUCGUCCGAAUAAUCGGGCUGGCAGUGUAUUCCAAGUCUUUGAGAAGGUUCCAUGGAAUUCCACGAAUUCUACUGUUUCCUCUAAUAAGAUCAAGGAACCUUCGAUCUACAAAAAUACUCCGUUUGGCAAUAAGUUUUGGAAAUACAUGACAAUUUCACCAAAAGUUUCUUCCACUACGGUUACUGCAGAUCCGACGUUAAUGUCGCAGACGAAAGGAACGGAAAGAUAUAAAGGAAAUUUGAUAAAAUCUAAAAAACGCGGAAGCUCGAACACCGAUAUUGAAAAAAUGUUUAGGUGGUUUUAUACUUUCGGUCAUUCCAGUAAAAACGAUUCGGUUGAUCGAGGCGUCUACAUCGCAUGCGAAGGAAAGAGUCACAACGGCAAAGAGUAAUCUCGCCAAACGAUAUUUUUCAUCUGCGAGGUAUUAGAAUAAAUUUGCAUACACGUAUCUUUUAAAAGGCAAAAGUUUGGGUCGUUUUGAAUCGACGAUAAUAAAAUUGUUUGACUUUCA